ACUUCCAGAUCGGCAUCACUCAUCACACCACAACUACGGUAUACCGUGCUCCUGUAAAAUACACAUGCAUUCGGCAAAGAUGUCCUCCAAUCGUCCCACCAUGCAGCAAAGGCAGCAAAACCCCUGGAUUCUCGCUCUAGUUGUGGUUGCUGCCACUUUUGCGCUUGGGGGUAACACGGUAUCUGGGUUUUCUUCGUCUUCGUUAUUGGCACCGUCGACUCCAUCAUCUACGGUAUCGACGCUAGUAUUGCACGCAACAGAAGAAGAUUCGGUAGAUGGUUUUUUGACGACAAGGCGAGAAGCCAUGUCACAGGCAGCGUCAUCCAUGCUUGCCGCGGCAACGGCAAAUUCACUAGGUUUUUUCUCCCCGGAUUCCGCCCUAGCCGCCGAUGGACCCAUCACCCAAGUAGAAAUCUUUUCAAAACUAGCAAGGAUUCCCACCUUCUGUCUGGUCAACGGCCCAGGAGCUGGUAAAGAUCUAGAAGGUGUUCCCUUCGACAUAUACAACAAAGAUACAGCGUCGGCCACCGGUUAUUUUUUCUUGAGCUACGAAACGGCCGAGGAGGCCCUCAAGGCCGCCAGCGGCCUCGAUUCUGCCCGGGGAGACGGUAACAUCUGGAUGACAGCAAAGAUCAUGGUCGUUCCGCUCUCGGUAGCGCUGCAGCUGUCGCUGACGAAGCGCCGGAGGGUCGCCGUGAACGAGGAGCAGGGCGUGAACGGCAUCCUUGUCGACACGGUGCACCAGCUGAUCCCAUCCGAUUCGGGGAAUGUCGAUGCCCAGACGCUCGAUACGAAGCGCAAGAAGAACCCGAAGAAAUGGGAAACCAAGGGACGGGUACCCUUGUUUUCCAUCCCGGAGGGCAAGUCCGGAAAAAAGAAGUACUACUUCGAAACGACCGAGCUCCUUGCCGACUACAAGCGCAAUCACGCCAGCGAAGAUCCGACGAUGGCCUUUGUCCCGGAGAUUGAAUUGGACGAGAUGGGUUACUUUUUCCGACAGGCCCUGCAAUCGAACGAUUUUGGGGCUCUCAAAGACUUUGUCGAUACCAUCCAGCCCCUUCCGGAAGCUAGGGAAGCUGCCAUCAAGAUUUUGAAGGAAGAUGCGGCGUCCAAGACUCCAGUCGCUCCUUACAAUUUCGACAAGACGUUUUUGGUGCUGGCGGCAAAAUAAGUAAACGAGCGCGACGGCACAAUCCCUCUGAACUAUGAUUAUGCGACAAUAGCAUCCUAUGGAAGCAGGCAGAACCAAAUUUCUUUCUUCAAAAAUCCGUUCGUGAUGUCUCACUUUGUUCACAAACAUUGCUCCGCCGAAUACGCCGCCGCAUUCUCACUCGGUACAAUCCGCGAAUGCAAGCUAGUCGCGUGAGUAAAUUGGGCGCAUUGUU